GACGGUCUUAUUUUAUAUUUUCAAAAAUCAAGUCAGCUGCAUAAUAAAACAAGGCUCUGAAAAGCCCCAAAUUAUUACAAAAUGUACCUUACGCGAUUUACUCGGCUGGUUGUACAAGGAAAUUACAAAAAUGGAACAUUUAUAUCAAAGAGAACAGCAACCACAACACCGAGCGGAGCUAUACUUCCAGAACCCGAAAAGACUCCUUUUGGUAUUUUAAGUGUGGUGGGCGCGGUGAUCCCUGGACUUCUUAUUGGCGCAGCUAUAAGUAAAAAUAUUGCUAACUUCUUAGAAGAAAAUGAAUUAUUUGUUCCUUCCGAUGACGAUGAUGACGACGAUUAGAUGAACUAAUUUAUUAUGAGCAAUCUCGAAUUGUCUUAAUAUCUUAUAUCUCUAUCAAAUGCGGGUAAAAAAACAUUUUUCUCAUUGUUAUGUCAUUUAUUCAGAUGGUUACAAAGGUUUAUAAAAUAUAUUUGUGCUUUUAACACAAUUUUAGCAAAAUUAUAUUCAGUAUGUUACAAAGCAUCACACACACAUUAUAUACACUUAGUUCUACUUGACAAAAUAUUUGUAUAUUUACAAUAGUAAUAGUUCUUAUUGUAAGAUUGUUCUUUAAAGGGCCUAUCGUAACUGUCUGUAACAUAAGCUAGUCAAUCAUUUUAUUAAUAAAUUAUAUUUGUAUUGCAAAUUAUGUUUACUUAAAGAUAUAAUUACUUGUGCUUAAUUUUAUAAGUAAAAGUGACAAAUAAAGAUGAGAUGGCAUA